CCUUAUAUGUUUUUCUUCACAUGAAGCUCACUUUGAAAUAUUUGGAUAAAAUGAGAUGCUUGCGGAAACGAUCAGCAGUAUCAUUCUUAGGAAUCCUUGUCAUUUGCCUGCUGUUCAUGAACUUGUACAUUGAAGAUGGUUAUGUCUUGGAAGGGGACAAGCAAUUAAUCAGAGAAACAGCCACACACCAACUUAAUUCGGAGCGCUAUGUUCACACUUUUAAAGACUUGUCAAAUUUCUCAGGAUCUAUAAAUGUUUCCUAUCGCUAUCUAGCUGGCACACCUUUGCCGAGGAAACGGUAUCUUACAAUUGGACUAUCCUCAGUCAAACGGAAAAAGGGGAAUUAUUUGCUGGAGACGAUCAAGUCCAUAUUUGAGCAGUCAAGUUAUGAGGAACUGAAGGAAAUUACGGUGGUGGUUCACCUAGCAGAUUUUGACUCAUCCUGGUGUGAAGGGAUGGUCCAGGAUAUUUCACAGAAAUUUGCCCAUCACAUCAUUGCUGGCAGGUUAAUGGUUAUCCAUGCCCCUGAGGAGUACUAUCCAGUACUGGAUGGCCUUAAGAGAAAUUACAAUGACCCAGAAGACCGUGUGAAGUUCCGAUCAAAACAAAAUGUAGAUUAUGCUUUCCUACUUAACUUUUGUGCUAAUCUUUCUGAUUAUUAUAUCAUGCUAGAAGAUGACGUUCGAUGCUCUAAAAACUUCUUGACUGCUGUUAAGAAAGUAAUUACUUCGCGAGAAGGUUCCUAUUGGGUGACUCUGGAGUUUUCCAAACUGGGCUAUAUUGGAAAGCUAUACCACUCCCAUGACCUCCCGCGCCUGGCUCAUUUUUUGCUGAUGUUUUACCAGGAAAUGCCUUGUGAUUGGCUGCUAAUCCAUUUCCGUGGGUUGUUAGCUCAAAAAGAUGUCAUCCGCUUUAAGCCAUCUCUGUUCCAGCACAUGGGAUAUUAUUCAUCCUACAAAGGAGCUGAGAACAAGCUAAAGGAUGACGACUUUGAAGAGGAUUCGUUUGACAUCCCUGACAACCCGCCCGCAAAUCUUCACACCAACAUGAAUGUAUUUGAAAACUACGAGGCAAGCAAGGCUUACAGCAGCAUUGAUGAGUACUUCUGGGGAAAAGCUCCUUCUACUGGAGAUCUCUAUGUGAUUGUAUUUGAAAAGCCUAUUAAAAUCAGUAAAAUUAAAGUUAUCACUGGAACAGAAGACCGGCAAAAUGAUAUCUUGCAUCAUGGAGCCCUGGAAGUCGGGGAAAAGAUUGUAGGGAGCAAAAAAGGGAGGCAAUGUACUACUUACUUGAGACUAGGGGAAUUCAAAAAUGGAAAUUUUGAAAUGACAGAUGUGGAGCACAAAGUUCUGUUUGAUAUUAACUGCAUGAGAAUACUUGUUACCAAAAGUCAAAAAGAAUGGCUGAUCAUUAGGAGCAUUAGUAUUUGGACUUCUCAGCCACCAAGUCAAUAAGGCAAAAUUACUGAAGCUGGUCCUCCUCCUUUCGUGGUGGAGUGAAUGCCAUCGGUUGGAUCCCAACUGGUGUCAUUCCCCAAGGAGACUGACUUCCAAUUAUUUACUAUUGACACUGGAAAUCUGGGGAAAUCAUAAAACAAGCAAAAGCAAUUUAUUUUGUACUAGUCCGCCAGGCAAUAUACAAACACUAGUUUGUUGGAAUGUUUGAAUUUUAUAAGAAAUGCAAACAAGUUCUCAUCCAUCACUUAAGAUUCAGAAAUCCUUCUCUUUUAUUUUAAUUUCUCCUUUGGGAAAAACUGCUGUACUAAAGAAAGCCAAUGCUUUUCCAUUAUUCAGAAAUUUUGUAGGCAUUGACCAGUAUGUUGUCAGAUGAAAUUUGACUCCAUCAUAUCCACAUAUAAAUUAAUAAUCAGAUGGUAGUACACGUUUGUACAAUAGUUGGUGGUGUAUUUGUGUGAAAGACAGUUGUGAUAAUGAAAGUCCGUUAAUGGAGCUUGCGAUUUCAUUUGAGCACUGUAAGAAAACAGUGUGGUUAAACAUUGCAACUUAUUUUAAAUGAAAAUACAUGUA